UUGUUCAAUCACAUCAAGAGAAACAAGAACGCUGAUUAAUCAAUGCCACCAUAGACUAGGUAACUUGGAGUUCUGGCGUGUUGAAAAUUUCUUUUUCAUUCCGUUGUGCUAACGCUAGCUAGGAGUUGUCUCUCCUCGUGCAGAGAUAGUGCCAAAACUACGUGGGAAUUACCGGGUGCCGAGGAGCUUCCCGAGAUAGUUGGCUCUUGACAGAAAGCAUGCGAGAGAUAGCUGUCGGUGUUGGCACGUUUGUGACCAGGAGAAGCUGUGUUGCAGCUAGCCAAGAUUUGUCAACUUCUCCCGAGCCGAGCACAAGCACUUCCCGGCUGUACUGGCCGCCCACCGCUUCACUCCACGGCCUCUUGUACCCUGUGCCAGAGCCCAGCCUCUCAUGCUUGCCAGCUAACGCCACAUGUUAAUAUCCAAGUUUUGCCCAGUUGCUGCCUUGCUGCUAAUGUACCUGCACAGUCUUCUGAAGGUGUCAUGUCAGGACGUCUCCAAAAGUCCAGCAAAACAGCUAGAUGACUUCAAGCACGUGACUUUCCCCCACGUAACUGAUGUCACUAACGGCCUUAUCCGCUUCCACAAGUUAUAUCACGUAUGCACAAAGCGCCACGUACAAAUUAGACCCAUAAAGAAGAAGAAAAGGAAGAAAAGACCCAAGAAAAAAUGUGGACGAUUUAAAGCUAUAGGCAGGAGUGACGACAAUUAUAUAACCCUAGUCUUCGAGUCGAAAACAAUCAAAGGCAAAACGGGUUUUACUAUUCGGGAGAAUCGGACAAAUCUCUAUUUGUGCUUCAAUAAUAAAGGCAAACCAAUAGCUAUGUGCAGCGGUGAUCGUCUUCGCUGUUUGUUUGAAGAAAUACUGGAACAGGACUUCUCCAUAUUUCGGUCCAUUCGAAAAUCAAAAAAGUGGUACUUAGGCUUCAAUAAACAGGGCAAACCAUUACCUAGUAAGAAGUUUCGGCGGAAGCGUUUGAGGAGGUGCUUUAGGUUUCUGAAACGGGAUAAUGGUUUCUCUAGCAUCCCUGAUAUUUCCGUCAGUGGACCUUUUCUAGGAAACAACACCGAUUUUUUACAUAAACUAGCAGGUGACACUCUUGGUGGGCAGUUGUGGUCACAGACGCGUAGAAAACACCGCUUGAACCCGAGUUAAAAAACAAAAGAACACUUGUGGUUCCAUUGGGUUACAAUAAAGUCGUCGGUUUAUGAUGAUCAGGCUAGAAAUACAUUAGUAAUGCCUAUAUUCACUCGAUACGAUCCUGAUAAAGUGGUGCUUACCAGAUGACUCUGUGUGACUGGGUUGAUUACGUGCUGCUACUUUAUUUUCGAAUAGAAAAUAUUCUGUUUCACAUUCCAAAAGUGUCGCGAAAAAUGUGACAAAGAGUUCAUUAAUGUACAGAUUUCCGGAAUACCCAGCAUAAAACUGUGAAAACUGGUUGUAGAUAUUGUUAGAGCAUUUUGAAAGAAACUUAACACCUUCAGGAGCCAAAGGCGACGAACAAAUUCGUCUGAUUUACGUCCGUUGAGACGAGACGAUUAGUGUAAAGGGUGAAUUACAAAGCGGUUAGGCUGUACGACGGUAAAAAGACUGAUUGAAGCAUUCAGAGCUUUACUGAGGAAACAUAUGAGUCAUUCUUCAUCUGAAGGUUCCACCAAAUACGAUAAUAGUGACCUCUGUUGAUGGCCAGUUUGGAUCCUUUGGUCUUAUAUUUAUAAGAUUUAUUGGAACAGUGGAACCUUUUCUUUCAAGUUUUAUCAUAAAAAAUAUCUCAUAAUCUUGGCAGUUUCGGAUUUCUAAGGCCAUUCGCUAAAACUUCUCGUUUCAUCUCCAUUAUUACCGAGAGAGCGAGUUCUUGAGAAGUUGAACUUUUAAAUUACAAGAGAGAGUCUAACUUAAUGUAGCUUUUGUUAAAAGCACGUUAUAUAGAUACUAUCAU